AUGGCAGCCUCAAGCAGCGCAGAGCAAACGCAGUUGCAAGACAUGGAGGAUGAAGAUGCGGGGAUGGAGGACAGGGAGAUGGAAUCGGACGGAGAUGAGGAAGAGGAGGAGGAGGGCAUGGGAGUAGAAAAUUCAGACGACGAAGAGGACGAUUCGUCGGAGGACGAGAAAGAAAAUGAAGCCGAGAUCCAGCGGCUGGAGGAGCAGUUGUCCAUCAAUGCUUUCGACUACAACUGUCACGUAGAUCUCAUCAAACUGCUGAAGCAGGAGGGAGAGCUCGUCCGCCUGCGAAAGGCGAGGCAGAAGAUGAGUGAACUGUUCCCACUCACUGAAGAGAUCUGGCUCGACUGGCUGAAGGAUGAGAUCCGUCUGACUGAGGAGGAGCCAAACCGGGAGAAAGUUUAUGAACUUUUUGAGAAGGCUAUUAAAGACUACAUCUGUCCAGAUAUCUGGCUUGAAUAUGCUCAGUAUUCAAUAGGUGGCAUGGGCUCACCAGGUGGGAUCGACAAGGUGAGGUCCAUCUUCGAGAGAGCUGUGACCGCUGUGGGGCUUCACAUGACCAAGGGACAGUCGGUGUGGGAGGCGUACAGAGAGUUUGAAAACGCCAUUCUGUCCACAGUGCAGCCUCCCCCUGGCAGGAUUCCCAGCCGCGAAGAGCAGGAGCUGCUGAACGCUCAGCUCGAGCGGAUCCAUACUUUGUUUCGCCGCCAGCUGGCCGUUCCCUUAAUGGACAUGGAAGCCACGUAUGCGGAGUACGAGGAGUGGUCUGAACAAGGGGUGUCUGAGGGGGUCAUACAUCAGUACAGAAAGGCUUUAAAGCAACUGGAGAAGUGCAAACCUUAUGAAGAGUCACUGAUGGCAGCAGAACCUCCCAAGCUGGCAGAGUAUCAGUCCUACCUCGACUUUGAACUGAAGGAGGGCGACCCGGCGCGGGUCCAGAUAACCUUUGAGCGGACUAUGGCUGAGAACUGCCUGGUACCAGACAUGUGGGCAAAAUACAACACAUAUCUGGAUCGUCAGCUGAAGGUCAAAGACAUGGUUCUCUCCACUCAUGAACGUGCCGUCAGAAACUGCCCCUGGACGAUGGGCCUGUGGAAGAGCUACCUGCUGGCCCUGGAGAGGCACGGAGCCGAUCAUCACACUGUCUCAGAUGUCUUUGAGAAGGCGCUGAAUGCAGGUUUCAUUCAAGCAACAGAUUAUGUGGAGAUUUGGCAGGCUUACCUCGACUACCUGAGGAGACGUGUGGAUUUCAGCAAAGAAUCAAGUAAAGAGUUAGAGGAGUUACGAGGAGCUUUCGCUCGAUCUCUAGACUACAUGAAACAAGACGUCGAAGAAAGGUUCGGUGAAAGUGGAGAUCCUUCUUGUCUCAUAAUGCAGAUCUGGGCCAGGAUAGAGGCGCUGCACUGCAAGAACAUCCAGAAAGCCAGAGAGCUGUGGGACAGUAUCAUGACGAAAGGGAACGCCAAAUUUGCCAACAUGUGGCUGGAGUACUAUAACCUUGAAAGGUCUUACGGAGACCCUGUCCACUGUCGGAAAGCUCUCCACAGAGCGGUCCAGUGCACCUCCGACUACCCUGAGCAUGUGUGUGAAGUCCUGCUCACCUUUGAGAGGGUGGAAGGUUCUCUGGAGGACUGGGACCUGGCGGUGCAGAAGACGGAGACCCGGCUGAACAGGGUUAAUGAGCAACGAGCAAAGGUGGCUGAGAAAGAAGCCAUCAUGGUUCGCCAAGAGGAGGACAGAGCUGAUCAGCGGCGGAAGAACAAGGCAGACAAGAAGUUUCAGAAGAAGGCCCAGAAGGGAACUCGGGCUGGCGAGAAGAGGAAAGUGGAGCAGGACGAUUAUCACAAUGAGUGGAAUGACGACUCAGAACAAGCUCCGAAAAGGCACAGAGGGCACGGAGACCAAACCUCAGACAAGUACAUGGAGACUGAUACGGGACUGUUUGGUAAGAACGGUCCGCCCGGCUAUAAGCCCGGUCCACCUGGCGCUAAAAAGGCCCAGCAGGAAGCCGCGGCCCAGCGGCAGAAUGAUGACAAGCCCGAGCUUCGCAACGAUAACUGCAGCGUUUUCAUCAGCAACCUCACGUACACGCUGGAGGAGCCAGAGGCAAAGCUCAGGACGCUGUUUGAGAUCUGUGGCCCCAUCAAACAGAUUCGCCCCGUCUUCAGCAACAAAGGGGGCUUCAAAGGCUACGGCUAUGUACAGUUUGAAUCCUCGGUGUCUGUCCCUGAGGCCCUGAAGCUGGACAGACGGGAGGUGGAGGGCAGGCCCAUGUUUGUGUCUCCUUGUGUGGACAAAAACAAAAAUCCUGACUUUAAGGUGUUUAAGUACAACACAUCCAUGGAGAAACAGAAGAUCUUCAUCUCCGGGCUGCCGUUCUCGUGCACGAAAGAGCAGCUGGAGGAACUCUGCAAAAGUCACGGCACCAUUAAAGAAGUUCGUCUGGUCACAUAUCGCUCAGGAAAACCCAAGGGUCUGGCAUAUGUUGAAUUUGGAGAGGAAGCUCAUGCUUCUCAGGCGGUUCUGAAGAUGGAUGGCAUGGAGGUGGAGGGCAACAAAAUCUCUGUCGCUAUAAGUAACCCUCCUCGCAGGAACGUGAUGGAUAAACCUGGUUCCAGCAGGCCCGGGGCAGACUUGAUGCCUCGCCAGGUGUUUGGAUCGAGAGGAAGAGGACGCACUCAGCUCUCAUUACUCCCUCGUUCGCUGCAUCGACCAAGUGAGUCCGCGGGCAAAGUGGAGAACGGGACCGCAGCCGCGCAGAACCCAGCGACAACCAGCACGGCCGGAGAGACGAAACCUUUGUCAAAUUCAGACUUUGCAAAGAUGCUUCUCAAAAAGUGAGAAGAUGAGAGAAUUACAACCGCCUUCACACUGAAAGCCAUCUUGUGUCCUUACAAAUUAGUGUUGGUGAUGUUUCUGUGAUCGGUUACCUGACCUCCCUUUAAUCUUCUUCUCAUCUUCAGUUCUGCGAGAUUGCCUUAAUCGCCUCCAUCAAAAAAAACCCUUUUCAACCGAGACUCUUCACCAGUGUGACAGAUUGUUCUGGUUUGUCUGAAGGUGGCUGGCAGGCUUUUUUCUUUCUUUCUUUGUUUUAUAAAAAACUGUAUAAUGUGUGUAAAUAUACUGUAUCUAAAAUUGUAUGCCUCAUGUCGCAGAGUGUCUUCUUUUGUUGUGUACUGUAAAAAGGGAUCCGAGAGAGAAGUAUGUGGGAGAGUAUUUUUUAUAAAUAUUCCAAACAGCCAACCUUGUGAAUGUUGUUUUGAAAAGGUUUUAUGCAAAAGUGCAGAUGUGGUGUAAUAUAGUGUGUGUGUGUGUGUGUGUGUGUGUGCGUGUGUGUGUGUGUACAUAAGUUGGGUUGUGCUGCAGUGAUGAAAAAGAUGUUCUCCAUAUGUUUUUAGGAAACCUUUUGGAUUUUGUUGCGUAACUUAGUUUGACACAGCUAACGAGGCUAGCAGUGACUUUCUGACUGUAUAGAAAACUAGUUUUUAUAUAAUAUCAUCUCUGAGUUGCCAUGUUGCUGCUAAUUAUCAGCAUUAUGAUGCUAAGGACAAACCCUAGAGGCUCCAGCAAAUUAGUGCUAGUUCACUGGCUCUAUGUCGGCCAGUGGCUGUUAUAACAGUAUGAAAACUGCCCAAGUGAUGCGUCAUACUGCUCACGCUCGAUAUCAGUUUAAGUAUUUACAGAACUGCUUUCAGUAUAUGGUCUCAUCCCUUCCAUACAUGUGAGUGUUACCUGUUUUGUUCAAGGUAAAAACAUCCAAUCACCAAUGUUGCUUUGACUAUGAAUUUGUUUUUGUGCUUUUGAAGGGAAGAGAAAUGGAGGGAAGGCCAUGUUCCCUUGAGAAUGAAUAUGUAAGUGUUCAAGAAAUGUGUCUUGACUGGCUGCUUCUGGUGGCAAGAAACAUCCCUGAUGAACGUGUCACAGCUUUAGUUUGGUUCACAAAAAGUGAUUUAACGGUUAUGAUCUUUAAUUUCACAUGAAAUCUAAUUUGCUCAGCGAUGUAGAGUUGCAACGAUAAGUCGAUUUACAGAAAAAAUUACUGUACAAGUCAUUUAAUGCAAAAAUUCCAACCUGUUAUUUCCACCAUCUCAUAUUUCUUUGUUUUUCUCCCAUAUGCUUUGUUUGACGUUACUGAUCAGACAAACAGACAUUUCAAAGGUGCAGUAUGUAAGAUCUUUGGCUGAAAACAUUCAAGACUUUGCUAAAAUUAUCCAAACGAUGUGAAAUUUUGACAUUAUGCUGCCUGUGUUGUGUUGAUUGUUUAGCAUGCUAACCAGCUAGCCCUGGUCAGUUCAGGUCAGAUCCCCCUUUGCUACUGUUGUAAACACCAACACUUCCCCAGGGGCUCUAAGCUCCCAGCUAAGACCGCUAGCUGCAUGGCUAACUGAGCUAACUAGCUAACAGCAGCUACAGCUGGCAGUUACUCGCCAUUUGUUGCGAGUAUGAAUUCAACAAGUGGCCAUCUCUGACAUACUGCACCUUUAAGGCAACUUCUUGGACUCCAGGAAACUUGGUUGUUUUCCAGUUUUUGCAAGUUUUGUGGACCAAUUAGUUAAAAAAAAGAAAAAGAUCUGCAGAUUGUCCGUUAAUUUGAGAGAAGACAUUCAUUUGUUUGUGUUUUAAAGGAAUUAGAACAUAAACAUAAAUGUUAGAAGUUACUUGUGGAACUCUGUUGUACAAGUGAAACCUGGAGACAAACCGAAAUCUAAUUAGUUUUCUAAAUGUGGCUCAGACUUGUUUGUCUUGAGGCUCAGUCUGACCCUGAAUGAACUUUGUGUAAGGCGAGCCACAGUUAGCUGACAGCUUGUUUCGCUGUCAUCUACGUAUUAUUUAUGUCUGCAGCUCCUUCUACACAACAGAAGAGAAUCUAUGCAGUUUUUUCCAUUUUGUUUUUUUCCCGGGUUAGAAGUCGACCAUUGGUCCACUCGUUUGGAAUAUUAACAACUGUUUGUGUACAUAAUGUUCAGUGUAUUUCAAAAAGGUCACCAUAGUUUGUAAUAAAUAUAAAUCUAAG